UAGAAACUAGGGGAUUUUGGUUUGGGCUCUUCGACGGUCGUUGAGGGGAAGGUGGCGGAGGCAUCACGGUAGAUCGGAGAACGGGAAACGAAAUAAAGAGCCCUCAGGAACUGAGUGUGGUAACGGAACCUUAGGAGGCUGGGUUGGAAAUCGAGUAGGAAGGAAGAGAAGAAUAUUCCUGUUGGGACAUGUGACAGCAAGUUAGGGGCUGCUUCCCAGCUGGCUGCAGGAGACGACGUGAAUACACUGAAUAUAUGCCCAGCCUUCAUGAAAGCCAACAGAGAAACAAAGCGCCUUUUCGUGGGUGGCCUUGGCGAGGCCAUUUCUGAAACAGACCUACAAAAUCAGUUCAGCAGAUUUGGAGAAGUUUCUAAUGUGGAGAUCAUCACACGGAAAGAUGACCAAGGAAACCCACAGAAAAUCUUUGCAUAUAUUAACAUCAAAGUAGCAGAAGCAGACCUGAAAAAAUGUAUGUCUGUUUUAAACAAAACAAAAUGGAAAGGUGGAACAUUACAAAUUCAGCUAGCAAAAGAAAGCUUUUUGCACAGAUUGGCCCAAGAGAGAGAAGAAGCAAAAGCAAAAAGAGAAAAAUCAACACCAGGCAACAACAACUUGUUAGAAAAGAUGGAAGGGGUGAAUUUCCAUAUGAAAGCUGUGCCAGGGACAGAAGUGCCAGGGCACAAGAAUUGGGUUGUGAGUAAAUUUGGAAGAGUCUUACCUGUUCUUCACCUCAAGAAUCAACACAAACGUAAAAUCAUAAAAUAUGAUCCAUCAAAAUACUGCCACAACCUAAAGAAAAUAGGGGAGGAUUUCCCAAAUACCAUUCCUAUAUCCAGCCUCACUUGGGAAAUAGAAGGAGGCAAUGACCCUAUGAGUAAAAAACGGCGAGGAGAGUUCUCUGACUUUUGUGGCCCAUCUAAGAAGAUGAAAAAAGUGCCGCAGGACAAAGGUUCCACUGGGUAUCUAGCCAUGAAUCCCAGGUCCAGUUGGAUGAUGGAGAGUCCAUACUUAACACAGCAACAAGCUGCACGAAAAAGACCUUGUGAUUCCAUUACUCCUAAUAAAUCACCCCCUGAACUUGGUUCUGAUACUCAAAAAUUUAAUAAUGUACUUUUUCAGACAUCUGGCUUGGAAACUGCCAGGAAGAAAAAUAGCAUGUCUGAUGAUGAUAUUGAUUCUGAAGACGAAUUAAAAGCGAUGAUUGCAAAAGAGGAAAAUUUACGGAGAACUACGUGGUCCUUAAUAAAUGAAUCUGAAGAUGAUCCCUUUGAAGUUGUAAGGGAUGACUUCAAAUCAGUUGUUCACAAACUUCAUUUAACAGGUUUAGAUAUCAAAAAUAAUGUCUCUUGCCAUGUUAGUGAUAAUGAUAUUAUGGGAAAUGACUGUGAGUAUGAUUCAGGAGAUACAGAUGAAAUCAUUGCAAUGAAAAAAAAUGUCAAUAAAGUCAAAAACAGUACAGAAUUUUCACAAAUGGAAAAAUCUAUAUACAAGAAAACUUCUUUCAAAAAUCGAGAAAACUCUGAGCUUUCUGGUCAUUGUAUUAAAGUACAAAAAAGAAAAAACAAUGUAAAGUCAGCCCUCACUCAUGGGGUGAAACCUCUUAAUUGUAAAUCUCCUUCUGACUCCAGUAGCAGUGGAGAUGCUGGUUCUACAUCAGAAUUAGCUGAGUCUGAAGAAGACAAGGAGUAUAAUGCCAUCAUGAAAAACUGUCUCCGUGUGAAUCUCACUUUAGCUGAUUUGGAACAGUUGGCUGGCAGUGAUCUGAAGGUUCAAAAUGAAGAUACUGAGAGUGAUAGCCUAGAAUCCACCACUCACUGCAAGUUUGACAGAGUUUCCAAGAGCCCCAAGACUCCUGAUAGCUUCCACAGAGGACGACAGUGUAUUCAUCCUGAGGAAAUUGUGGCUUCCCUUUUAGAAGGAGAGAACACCUGUGGUAAACAGAAACCAAAGGAAAACAACUUAAAACCAAAAUUUCAGGCUUUCAAGGGAAUAGGCAGUCUCUAUGGAAAGGAGUCAAUGAAAAAAUCCUUGAAAGGGAAUGUUGCACCUAACAAUAUAAAUGAAGAUCAGAAUUCCUUGAAACAUGAGGAUCCCAUAAGCAUUUCCAUGGAAAAUGGUUCCACACAUGCUAAUGGUUCAUCAAAUGAACUGACUCCAUUCCAACAUGCAGAGAGGGCAAAUGGCCCAAACCAUAUUCAGCCUCAAAAAAGACAGUCCACUUUUGAGAGUCCAGAUCGCAAUGUGGUGUCCUCCAGCAGUUCAGAAAAGGGAAGUAGGAAUCCUAUUUCCAGUCUGUUGCCAUUAAAAGGUAAGAAAUCCUUAAGUUUAAGUGCAAAGACUCACAAGAUAGGCUUUGACAAAGAUAGUUGCCAUAGUACCACAAAGACAAAAGUUUCAGAGGAAGAAAGGUCUGAUUCAAACAGCCUCACAUCUUUUAAUAAAUCACCAAAGGUCUCCUCCAGGAAGGACAGUCAGGAAAGCAAAACUGACUUCCCACUUUCUGUUAGUCACUCUUUGGAUGCGAGUGCUAAGGAUAAGCAUGCUGAAGACAACCAGAAGCGUUUGGCAGCCUUGGAGGCAAGGCAGAAAGCAAAAGAAGUGCAGAAGAAGCUGGUGCAUAAUGCUCUGGCAAAUUUGGAUGGUCAUCCAGAGGACAAGCCAACGCACAGCAUCUUCGAUUCUGACAGUGAAAGUGAAACAGAGGAGAUACCCACUCAGGAGCAGAGCCACCCAGGAGAGGAACUGGUAAAAGAGUCUGUGGGUAAAGCAUCUGGGAAGCUGUUUGACAGCAGUGAUAAUGAGGAAUCUGAUUCUGAAGAUGACAGUAGUAGGUUCAAAAUUAAACCUCAGUUUGACGGCAGAGCUGGACAGAAGCUCAUGGAUUUACAGUCACACUUUGGCACCGAUGAGAGAUUUCGCAUGGACUCUCGAUUUCUAGAAAGUGACAGUGAAGAGGAACAGGAAGAGGUAAAUGAAAAGAAAUCUGUUGAAGAAGAAGAGCUUGCUGAAGAAAAAAAGAAAGCCCUGAAUGUUGUGCAAAGUGUUUUGCACAUCAACUUAAGAAAUUCUACAAGCAAAGGAUCAGUACCCGCUAAGAAAUUUAAGGACAUCAUACGUUAUGAUCCAACAAGACAUGACCAUGCCACUUAUGAAAGGAAAAAAGAUGAUCAGCCAAAAGAAAGUAAAGCAAAACGAAAGAAGAAAAGGGAAGAAGCUGAGAAAGUACCUGAGGUGUCUAAAGAAAUAUAUUAUAACAUUGCUACGGAUUUGAAAGAAAUAUUCCAAACGGCAAAAGAUACCAGUGAAAAGGAAGAAGACACACCGUGGAAUGAGGACUGUGGUGGAGAGAAACCCGAAGAAAUCCAGAACCCUGCAACUCUGAAGAGUGAGGCUGAGCAGCCUGGCGGGUUCACAUUCUCUUUUUUUGGUUCAGACGCUAAAGACAUAAAGGAAGAGACCUACAGAGUUGAGACAGUGAAACCUGGGAAGAUUACCUGGCAAGAAGACCCUCGUUUCCAAGAUAGCAGUUCAGAAGAAGAAUCAGAUAUUACUGAAGAAACAGAUCACAGAAAGCCUAUCUCAGAAGAAGCAUCAGUACCUGAGAAAGAGACCACUAGAUUUUUCUUUUUCUCUAAGAAUGAUGAAAGACUUCAUGGUUCUGACUUAUUCUGGAGAGGAGUGGGAGGUAAUAUUAGCAAGAAUUCUUGGGAGGCCAGAACAAACAACCUGCGUAUGGAUUGUCGGAAGAAACACAAAGAUGCCAAAAGAAAAAUGAAACCAAAGUAAUAAAUGUCAGCAUUGGUGUUGAUCCUGAAUGUGAACAAGGCUCAUGUAAGGAAAUUGACCCAGAAAAUAGUUUUAGCUGACAAAGAAGAAAUUUCAGAGUAAAGGAAUAGUCAAAAUCCGGCUGAUGGAAUAUAUUCUGGUUGCCAUCUUUUUCUAUGGAAUUCCUCUGUAUUUCUUCCUCAGUAAUUACUUCAAAAAAUUAAACUGAACUUUUUAAAAA